UCUGGCUUGCUUACUUCCGUUUUGGAUUUGAUGAUUGAGUGUGUGCUGCUGCCACUGUGGAAAAAUGCACAAUUCAGCAUUUUCCUGAAUGGACACAAAGAAAGGCUUUGGCUGAAAGCUGUCGAUUGUAACACCGAGAUGAAGCUGCUAAUCGAUAUCUGGAUACACACAUGUGGUGUAUGAAUGCUCGAGCCUGUCCUUCACUCAGGCACUUUAUAAAGGUCAUCAUAGUACCGACAGUGUUGUUAUUAUCGCCUGUUGUGACAGAGGCGGGUUUAGGAUCGGGGCACACGGUGAUUGGAUGUGACGACCCCCCGUGUCACGAUGCUUCCGUUUUGUGCGUACGCGCAGGCGCAGCGACCCCUCUCUUCUGAUAUUUUAUUUACUCCCGAAACCCAAGAUGGCUCCUGUGAAUGUGUCGGUCCCAUAGCAAAUUGAGGAUGCAAGUAGCUGCCGAAAAAACAACUUUUCCCCGACCGUCGCAUCCCCUGGAGUUCAAUUCGUAUGGUGCGGAGGAGGCCCUGACAUCCGUCUAGGCACCGAGCAGCCGUCGGAGCUCCGCGAAACCCUCUUCAAUCCACCAAUUUGGAGUAGUUUCGCGAAGUAGCUCUUCUCCUCGCUGUCGCUGUCUGUCCGGAGCGAGGUUCAGGCAGGCAGCUCAUCCAAAUGGCCGAACCGAGAAAAGUGCAAUUUGUCACCCUCUCGGCCUUCGCAGCUGGAGCAGCCGCGGAGUCCAGGAAACGCCGGCUGGAGGAGGAGGCCGACUUCAACUUCGGUAGAGCCGGGGAGGUCGAGGCAGCGACCGGGGCAGGGGGUGCUGCCAGCAACGGUCGUCUCGGCAAAACCGGCGACAGGGACACGGCUGGAGCCGAGAAGAGGGUGACGGUGCGGCUCAACCUGUCCCUGCCGGAGCCUGACGACCGCUCCUCCGCCGAGUUCAAUUACGGAGAACUCGUCCAAAACCUCCAGGCAAAGAAUCCUACAGGUCUGAUUACAGUCCGCAAUCCCAAUGACCCCUUCAACGAUGACGAGAGAGAGCGGCUCCAGGUUGAGGCCCUGGCAAAAAAGUUUGAAAACAAAUAUGGUAACACAGAGAAAAAGAAGAAGAAGGACAGGAUGCAAGAUUUGAUUGAUAUCGGAUUUGGCUACGACGAGACAGACCCCUUCAUAGACAACUCAGAAGCUUACGAUGAGCUGGUGCCGGCAUCUUUGACCACAAAGCUGGGGGGAUUUUACAUCAACACUGGCACACUGCAGUUCAGAGCGGCCUCCGACUCCGAGGGAGAGGAGGAUAAGAAGCCGACUGACAACAAGGAGCAGGUGAUUAAGAAGAGGAAAAAGAAGGAAGUGAACAAUGUGGAGGAGAAGAACAUGAAGAAGAACAAAGUACCUAAACAAGGAGUGACAGCCCUCAACCUCCACCGGCCGGAGAAGAAGAAGAGGAAGAAGCUUAUGAAGGACUCUCUGUACCUGGCAGCCAUGCUCCGUCGCUUCACUCGGGAGAAGGAGGAGAUGAGGAAAAGAAACCCGACCAUGGCUCAGUCCGGCCUGGCUGGAGGCAUGGCUAACAAGCCGCACUCCACUAACUCAACAAACCACCUGUUAGCCUCUAACUCCGCCCACCCGCAGGGCAACGCAGCCAGCAACGACCUCUCACUGGCAGACCUCACCUCUGACCCCGCCGUGAUGUCACUGCUGGGCUCGGCCAAUGAGAAAGAGCUGCAGGAUCUCCUAGGUGAUCUGGACUUCACCUUGUUGGACACUGACCAGCAGCACGCCAUGGCGACGGCCAGGGAGAACGGCAUUCUGGGAGUCGGUGUUCCGGCUCAUAAAGCAGCAGCAGCAGGAGGAGGUGGCCAAGGGCGAGGCCUGGGGUCUUCCAGCGGGCUGUUUUCUCCACCUCCGCUGCCUGAUGGACUGCCUGCUCCUCUUAUUAAACGCAUCGAGGACCUGCGGGCGGCCUCGCGGCAGUUUGAUCAAGAGGGCAGGAAGAAAUUUUUCACCUUGGACAUGAAUAACAUUCUCCUGGACAUUGAGCUGCAGGUGCAGGAGCAGCCUCCUGAGGUGCGCUCAGGCAUCUACUCGCACAUGGAGGCAUUUGUGCCAUGCAACAAAGAAGCCCUCCUCAAACGCCUGAAAAAGCUCAGUCUCAACAUCCAGGACGAUCGCCUACGGACGCCGCUGCUAAAGCUGAAGCUGGCGGUGUGUAGUGUGAUGCCAGAGCAAAUAGCGAGAUACAACAUGGACUGCAUGGCCAAGGUUGCAAAGCAGCAGUCAGAAGAGGGCGAUAAGAACGGCUCAGAGGAGGAAGAUGAGGAAAAGCCUGGGAAAAGGGUGAUGGGCCCACGGAAAAAGUUUGUCUGGGAUGACAAGCUCAGGAACCUGCUGUGCAGCUUGGUGCGAGUGAAGCUGAGCUGCUACGAGAUGGAGAAACAGUGCUCUCUGUCUGUGGAGGACUACCUCAAGGCCUUCUUAGAGAAUGAGGUCAAACCACUAUGGCCCAAAGGCUGGAUGCAGGCCAGGAUUCUGUUCAAGGAGAGUCUGGCUGUUCACAGUCACCUCACUGGAAACCUAGUAAAGAGGAGAAUGGUGCCUGGGCCCAAGGCCAAAGCCAAGGAGGGUCUUUGGAUCCACAAACCACCUCUCACCAUGACCUCCACCGGGUCUCUGCACACCUCCACGUCUGCUCUGACCUCCACCCGCCUGCCCCUCUCCUCGUCCUCACCCCCCAUCUGUCUGUCGGACUCACUGGAUGAGGAUUUGACUGCUCCCUCUCUGGACUCCAUCUCCCACGCUUUGGCCCUCCUCAGCAAUGCGUCUAAGGGCCUGGGCCCCUCAGACAGUCCCUUGUCGCCCCCACCCCUGCAGAUGCCCACCUCCUCUCCUCCCCCCGUCACCCCUCACUACCCCUCAGCCCCGCAGCUCUCUGCCUCGGUUGCAUCCACGACGCAGCAACAUUCCCUGUCCAAGGUGGAGUCUGCUCCGCUGGCAGCUGCGUCUGCUGGAAACUUGCCAACAACAACAACAACGCUACUAACCUCCUCUUCUACCUCCUCUUCCUCGUCUCCUGCUGUUUCCUCCUUGGCUCGUGUGCAGGCAGCGGGCCUGUCGAUGGCCUCCAGGACUGCAGAUGGUCCCUACGGCCUGAUCAAAGCAUCUGGCACCAUGGGCCAAACACAGACUCAGAGACUUGUUACCAUGGCGUCACCCAAUCACAGGCCAAGCUUAGUGAUGGGCGGGAGUGGCAAGAUGCAUCCACACCCGUCCCCAUCGCCUCCGAAGCAGCGGCCUCCUCCCACGGCGUCCCCUCUGCUGCCCCCGCAUCAGAAGGGCUUUGUAAGUCCGGCAGGGAUGCUGGGAGCUUUGGGGGCCACUCAAGGACUGGCCAAAGGUAGUACCAAAGCCAGCGGCGUCAACAGCAAUGGCAGCGUGAGCAGCAACACUACACCUUCCUCCUCGCCCUCCUCACACUCCCGCUCCAACUCCACCACCCACCCUGGCCUGCAGUCCUUCUGCCCUCCCUCCCCGGUGGCCUCCUCGCCAUCCCCCACCUCCCAUACCUCACACUCCUCUCAAGGUAAAUCCCACACACACCACCACCAGCCCAACUUCAUCACGCCCAUGCAGGCCACCCUCACCAAGUCCUCUCACAGCAGCAAUUCCUCCCCCAUCAUCAAGCUCACCCCUCGACCUCCGGCGCCAACCCCGCCUCCUUCCUCCUCGCCCUCCCCGUCAUCCUCUCCCUCACACCCGCUCUCCCAUCAGAUGAUCCCCAGCCAACAGCAACAACACCAGUACUCCCCCAAAUCCCCCAAAACUUUUCGGCCACCGUUCAGUGUAUCGGGCAGCGGGCAGGUGAAGCAGACGCAGGGCAGCUUCAGUUUCGCCGGAGGCCAGAAAGCUCAGUCCACCACGAGCAACAGUAGCAUCAACAACUCCAUCAUCAACAAGGUAUCAGCUGUCUGCAGCCGCCCAGACAAAACAUCCCCGUCUCCUGCACCUUCAGUCUCAGCCAAUCACGGCCAGAGGCAACGGGUGGUGGGCGGGGCUAACCAGAGCUCAAAGGCAGGAAACGGUUGGGCGGCUUCAGGAACUUUGGCCACGUCCUCCACAACGUCACACCUCUCACAGGUAUCAACAGCGGGCACUUCCCUCCUUGGCGGCCCCUCUGGUCUGCCCCUGGGCUUUGGGAUGUUGGGAGGCCUGGUGCCUGUCUCGUUGCCCUUCCAGUUUCCCCCGUUGCUCAAUUUCAGCCCUCCUGGAGCCCCAGGGGUCGCUGGCAUGGGCUCAGCCCCCAGCUCCAACUCAGGAUACCCUCUAGCACAGAGCGACCUAAUGGAUCUGUAUAAGAGUCUCCAGUCAGGGUCGCAGGCUGCCCUACCUCCUCACUUGCAGCUUGCUUUCUCAGAUGCGAACCAAAGCCAGAGUGGAGACAUGAAAAGGAAAUCCCACUGACCAAUAACAGAGCAGGAGGUCGACACCAGUGGGGUGACAUCACAGCCUCCUGGACACUUUUACAAAUAGGAAUCUUCACUUUGAUUGACUGACGCAGUGGUGUGGUAUGAGGGGGCGGGGCUUCACUGCCUCUUUUAAAAACGGACCUAAAGGAGAAUCAGUUUAUCCUCGCUACAAGUGGCAACGAUGAAUUAAUUUAACUGUAUUUUCUAAUGAACCGGGUAUGAGAACAAGACGGGGUGAAUGACAAGAACACUUUUAUUUUUGUUCGGCUUAUUUUUUAUUUUUUUUGUCAACAUGUUUACAUAUGACCGACCUUGAUCACUGUGGAAUGAGUGUGAGCGAGGUGGUGGUACAGAUGAGAGAAGUGGUACGCUACGUAAUAUAAUUUGGAUUUAAGCUUACGUUGAAUAACAGGACUCUUGUUCUUGCAGUACAAAAUGAAAAAAAAAACAACAAAAAAACAGACUGAAUAAUGAAUUUUUUAUUUUUCUGUCUUUUUGUCUCAGAUGUGGGAAUCGUUGUGUCCGUAGAAAUUUUAUUGUUGGUCACCUCUGCUCCCACAAAUGACUGUUAAGUAGUAGCUUAAAUUAAUAUUGAUAAAUUAUUUGUAAUUUACACAGGGACAAAACAAGUUAUGGUGUGUGUGUGUGUGUGUGAGAGAGAGAGAGAGAGAGAGAGAGAACGAUGAUUUUGAAUGUGUGUAUGUACAUAAAAAAACAACAAUAUACUGUUAAUUUCUUUCCAGAUUAUCCAGUAUGAAUGGGUAAAGACGUGUAUCCCCUUUUCACAAUAAUGAGCGAGUGUAAGUUUGAUGCCCCUCUCUCGCUCAGUGUGUUUUUGGUGCUGUUUAAUCACACUGGACCUUUUCUGGAAAAAAGACUUGAAUUGAAAAAGUUUCGGGCUCCUCUUCUGAAGAGGGGAGCCGCCUGUGAGAGAGGGGAGAAACGUCAAGACUGUAGCCUACUUGAAUUGUUUUAGUUUUUUUUUUUCUUUUUUUUGUGAGUUAAGAUUUUUUUCAAUUUACUUUCUCUGCUUAUUGACUCAAACCAACUUAAUAUAACACAACGCCUUAGUUUGUAUCGAAAAAGUAUGAAAAAGAUCUAUGCAGGACUGUAAAACGCUCAAUGCAAAAGUGCAAGUCGUCGCUUGGCUUUCAACCUCUACUCAACUUGUCAGUGCAUUUCUGGAGUUGUGAAUGUUUGUAGAUGUUUUUAUGUCACUCGAGACUCCUUUUUUUUCUGGUGUGUGUUCAGACAGAAUGCAAAGAGAAUUUUUGAAGCAGUUUGCUGACAAAAGUCACCAAAGAGGCGAAAAGAUGCACAGUGAUUACGCUUGCGUUCACAUCGUAUUAGGUGCGUCGUGUUAAAGUGUAUAAAACAACCCCUGAGUUGGAACGUAAAAAAAAAAAAAACAACCUUUGAAAAUAUCACAAAAAGAUUCUAGGAUUUGGGAAGGUGGAAUAGUUGGUGUAUUGAUAAAAGGUAAAUGCAAAUACAUGCAAUGGAUGGUGUACUGUCAUUGCUUAGUCCACUGUUGGCUCUCUGUCAUCUCCAGAGGCUUUUAUCAGGUUUAUGCACCCUGGACUGUUACCACAGCUCUUCCAAGAGCACAGUUGCAGUUCAAAACUCCAUUUCCAUUCUUCAGUGUGCUCUGCGGUGUUAUACAACUAUUGUUUUUUCAUUUUAGGUUUAACUGGCGCGCUCUUAAUUAUGUCAUUUCGUUGCACCCUCUUCUUCUGUGGCACCUGACCACCACCUACGGCUUAUUUUAACAAACCAAUCUCCAGUGUGCGCAUAGCAAUAAUGGAUGAAAAAUUGCCUAAAUUUUCAUUUACUUUUGUCAAUUUUCUGAAAAGGUGGUUAAAAUUUGGGCUACAUAUUGAUGGAAACCAGACUAUUGUUCAAGCCAUCAUUAUGAGCUGCAGAGUGAAAAAAGUUAAAUAGAUGUCAGGUAUUCCUGUCACUGACAAUAUCUCCCUCUCACUGAAAAUAACUACACACACCGACCAACUGUUGGUGCACAGCUGCAAAUAGUGAGGUUGAAUAUGUUGCGAUGUAACAGCUUUCAGGCUGGAUCUGACAAUUAGAAGAAAAUCUUAACUUGUAUGUUUAAAUUUUCACUGGUAUAAAACAUUCAAAAACGUGAGCUGAGAACUUGUUUAAAAAAAAGUGAACUUGUAUGUUAGAAUUUUCUCUUCCAAUCCACAUACUUACUUUUUUUUCAGUACGCACUACUUGUGAGUACAGCCACUUGAAGAGAUAGCUGAAACUUCACAAAGGUGCUCUCUUGCAUCACAGCGUGACGAAUCUGUGCACAAGGGCUGCACCUGACUCAAAAUUAUGUCAGUCGAAUAAGAUUUGGUAGUUCAAUCUAAGUAUUAGACAAUUUGUUUUUACUCCGUAUGAAGUUGUAAAGCCUGGGCGGGUCCAGCGGGAUGUUCAGCUUCCUUUUGCACGCAGCUGCUUUUAACAAAGUGCAGCGUGAAAAUCAAGAGCACUCACUCUGCAGCAAAAUAUUGGGUACCAAAACAUCCCCUGAAGCAAACUGCUCAGCCCAACACCAACUAGCAUAAAAAAUACAACUAAAAAAAUGAGGCAAUCUCAGUUGACUAAGGGGUCUCCAACUGUUGAUUCGUAACUCCAGCGUUAAAGGGCAGCCCUGCAGUGCACUUUGACUUUUGUAACAUUUCUUACAGUAAAUUUGUUGCAAAACCUGCACUAGCAUCUGUGGAAGUAAAGUGGUUUGAAAGUCAUUUCCUGACUUCUCAUCGGUUCACCCCCAGUCUCAAGUUCUCACAUCUACAAGCUCUUACAAUUUGCAAUAUUCAUAGUAAACUCCCCGAUGCUAGCUUUUGCUUGAAAAGAAAACAAAUCAUUACACCAUUAAUUCAGCAAAUUUUAAAGGAACGAUACACUUUCUUGGUAAUAAAUGGCUACAAAUGAAUACUACAAGAGAGGCUGAUGAAGCCUGUGUAUCUGGUGUAACGACAGGGCUAGCAGUGGGGCUAUCCAUCGUGGACUGAUGUGUGAACAGCUCUGAAUAACAGGUGUGUUUUUUCCUUCCCAUUCAGGUGGCAUUGCCUGAGCAGCUGAGCUGAACAGAAACACACAGCCACACAUUUGGUGGGUGUGUUGCCAGUUUGCUUUACAGCCAACAUUGGUAAAGUUUUGGAAAAUGCUCAAAUUGACACAAUGCUAAAAUUCACCUUUGACAUCUGUCUGAACACAUCUUCCCUCUGCUGAAUACCUCCGUUAACAAAACCGUUCUUCCUGAGUCUCUCGCUGUCCUCCCCUGACUAGUUCCCCAUCUUCCUCCAUGUGUGUCUGACUGACCGGCUGCACUGAGAAUGGCGCCAAAGAUUGUUCUGUAGCUCACUUAGAUGGGGUGCUGCUGGUCUAUGCGUGUCUGUGUGUUUGAGUGAAUAUUUUGACACCCUCCCACCCCCACCCCCAAAAAAGUAAACCCAUGAGUGUCAAUGUGUGUGGUCAGGAUGUCAUUGUGAAGUCAUGUGACUGGAGCAGUGGGUGACAUCUUAUAAAUUGUGCUUUCGUUGGGGGCGGGGAGGAUAAAAAUGACAUUUUGUGGUUAACUGGUUACUUAAUUUGGUCUUUUGU